GUGCCCUGAUCAUUGUUCAUUGUUGCGCAGAUAUCUGUGCUUGCUUUUAUUUUCUUCAAAGGCAUAUAAGACACCAGAAUAUCACUAUAAACUUUCCUCUUUUAUAACAACUUGUGGCAAUGCCCUUAGUAGUAGAUCCCUCACUUGAAGUUGUCCCAGACUUCACCAGUAACCUAUAUGCUGGUAUCUGUGUAGACCUCACAGGAGCAACAAACCAAACUGAAGAGCAAGUGAUAGAACAUCUAACACAGACUUGGAAUGCAGAUCAUGAUGCAAGAGUGGCAGAUUGGAACCAGAAUCAAGAGCCAGAAGCUCAAGCCCUAGCAGCAGCUGAAAGGGUGCAUGCAGCACAGCAAGAUGCAGAACAUAUUCAGUGUGAAACUGAAGCAGAAAAGGAACAAGUGGAAGCAGAGAAGAAAAAACUGAAGAUGAAUGGAUUUGACAAGACAUCAACCAUAGGAGACUUCCUAGCUCCUUGUCCUGCCCAAUACACAAUUCAGAAACUUACCAAUUUUGAAUAUGUAGAACUUUGGUACUUCUCACUGGACAGAUGUAAAGAUACCCUCAAGAUGUUGCACUCUACAGCUGAUAACAACUUGAGCCUUACCAGAAUGGACAACCAACUCAUGCUAUGUCCAAUGUCUGCAUUCAAAGCCUCAAAAUCAGUGCUAGCUGACCAUGAAUUGAUGUUUUUGACAUUCCUUUGAGCAAAGAACAUGUUCCUUGUCCAGAUCAGCAAGGCCAAAUGGCCUCAACCACAUAUCAAUGCUCUAUCUCUGUUUUUCUGGCACCUAGAGAAUUACUUGAUCCAAAACAACAGUGACAUUGGCAACACAGUCAUCCUGACAUACACAUCCUGUGUUUGUCAUGAUUGGCAUGAUCACCUCAAGCAUGACAAAGGUUUUGACAUUGGCAAGAUCAACAAGAACCUCCUCCAGGUCAUCAAUGAAGAAAUGUGGGACAAAAUUCAAUCCCAUACACUGAACAUUGUACAUACUCAACCUCUGACAAGUGGCAAACUUGUGUUAACCUAUUCCUAUGUUUCCCCU